CCGCCCCUCCCUUUCUGCGACUGGCUGUUCGGCCGUGGGUCUCCGCCCCACAACCCUGCGUCUGCGCGUGGGCUUGGGCCGCCCGUCGUACCUGAUGGUGGGAGGCAGUAGUUCCCCGCUUACCUUCCGCGGGCGGGAGAGUUAGCUAGCCACCCGAGAAAACACCAUGAAAGACACCGAUAUCAAGAGACUACUGUAUACCCAUCUUUUAUGCAUAUUUUCAAUUAUCCUAAGUGUCUUCAUUCCGUCACUCUUCUUGGAGAACUUCUCAAUAUUGGAAACACACUUGACAUGGUUGUGUGUCUGUUCUGGUUUUGUAACUGCUGUCAAUCUGGUACUAUAUUUAGCAGUGAAACCAAAUACAUCCUCUAAAAGAAGUUCAUUAUCACACAAGGUAACCAGAUUUUUGAAAUGCUGUAUCUACUUUCUUAUGUCUUGUUUCUCCUUUCACGUAAUUUUUGUUCUAUAUGGAGCACCACUAAUAGAGUUGGCAUUGGAAACAUUUUUAUUUGCAGUUAUUUUGUCUACUUUUACUACUGUGCCUUGCUUGUGUUUGUUAGGACCAAACCUCAAAGCAUGGCUAAGGGUUUUCAGUAGAAAUGGAGUUACAUCCAUAUGGGAGAAUAGUCUCCAGAUGACUACAAUUUCUAGUUUUGUAGGAGCAUGGCUUGGAGCACUUCCUAUUCCGCUGGACUGGGAAAGACCAUGGCAGGUAUGGCCCAUCUCCUGUACGCUUGGAGCGACCUUUGGCUAUGUGGCUGGCCUUGUUGUUUCACCACUCUGGAUAUACUGGAAUAGAAAGCAACUUACAUACAAGAACAAUUAACUGGAGCGAAGGGAGAUACUUCUUUGUGCAGAUUCUGUAAGGGCUGUGCAGAAAUGUGUAUGGUCAAAGCCAAGCAGUUCCAUUUACAGCACUGUUUUUUAUGUAGUUACAACAUGAUGUGAUUGUAGCUUUUUAAACUAUGAAACCCCUGAGAGAUUGUACCUUCUAGUUGAAAUAAAGUAUUUAUAAUAGAUUGUGGCUUCAGAUGCUGCUUACUGCUUCUUAAACCUUUAA